AUGAGAUUGCUAAGAGUUUUGGAUUUAGGAGGCGAGUGGGAUCUGCUUGAUCAUCAUUUUGAGCAUAUUGGGAAGCUUGCACAUCUUAUAUAUCUUUCUCUGAGGGGUCAUGCUCAAGUAUUUCACCUGCCAAAUUCAUUGGGGAACCUGAGACUGCUCCACACAUUAGAUAUUUCAGGUACAAGCAUAAUUAAGCUGCCUAGGACCAUCAUCAAGCUUGUGAAGAUGCAACGCAUUCUUGCUAGUGAAGUAGGAGAAAGAUAUUGGCGAUUAUAUAAAGAUGCAGAUGGGCAGUCACUAAUGAGUUUGCCUAUAUAUUCAGUAGGUUGUUGUGUGUCAUGUUGUGCACCUAAUCAUCUUGGAAACAAACUCAAUCUUGAUGAUGCUGCACAAAUUAACAGGCGUAAUGUAUGCACUGCAUUCUGUUGCAGCAUAUUACCUUAUUAUGCAGCUGGAGGACGAAGUCCAGGUGGUGUUGAAGUGCCAAGAGGGAUUUGGAAACUGAAGGUCCUGCACACACUUCGUACCAUGGACAUAUCAGAGGGGAAGACUGUUGUACAAGAUAUAAAAAAGCUCACCCGGUUGCGCAAGUUAGGAUUGACAGGCAUCAACAAGAGAAACGGUCAGGAGUUGUGUUCAGCAAUUGCUCAUCUCAGCAGCCUGGAGUCAUUGUCACUGCAUUCAAACGGGGAGCCAGGUUUAUCAGGCUGCUUGGACGGCAUGUCCUUACCUCCAGAAAACCUGCAGAGCCUCAAGUUGAGAGGCAUCUUGGUUAAACUGCCGGCGUGGAUCAAGGGCCUAAAAAAUCUCGUGAAGCUGAAGCUAUGGAGGUCGAGGAUAUCGGGGCAUGAUGCAGCGAUACAAGUCCUUGGGAAUCUACCAAACCUGGCCACCCUACGGCUAUUGUAUGACUCGUUUAUUGGUGAAGAGGUCCGUUUCAGUUUCUGUUGGGAGGCAUUCCCGAGCCUGAAGGCGCUGGAGCUGAAUGGCAUAAGUAGCCUCAAGUCGGUGGGAUUUGAAGAAGGAGCAGCCCCUAAGCUUGAGUUGGUGCAGUAUUCACGUGGGAUGGGAAGUCCCAGUGUUGGGUUGUUCCCUGGGUUACGGUAUAUGCCAAGUCUCAAGGAAUUUAUGCUCAUAGGUCGGACUGGUAUGAUACCGAGUUGGUGGAGGACCUGCAAGGCCAGCUAG